AUGGGCAUCCCUAACUCCGGGAAUUGGGCAAAGUUUCUGUUGAAACACUUAGAAGAUGGAAUCAAGGAAUAUCGACAAAAGCAGCCUACUUACAUCCGAGGCUGCCUCAUGUUCCUCCAGCUGUUCUACAUGGCAUACUUCUACAUGCCAUCAGUCAAUGUUGAAGUGACCAGCCCGCUAGCUGCUGCAUGGACUGACGAUGUAAUGAAACGCCGAUUAGCAGCUGAAAUAUCAACAUUCGGUGGUUAUGGAUAUGUGCAUGCACAGGAGCGAGCACAAAGCACAGCCAAUAUGAAUGUACCAUCAGUAGCCUCAACCUCUACAGCGGAUGACGAUGCUACAGAGGUUAUUGAAGCCCGUGUCAUUGACACAUCGGAUAGUAUGCUACGAUUAGCUUCCUCUCUGGCGCGGGAUGUUGCUGCACUACGUUCCCGCCGAAGUGGAUCAGAGGGGAUAUCUUCAAUCCCUUGCCCAAAUGCAGAGCAGCACGCUAAAUAUCAACCAAGGCGCGAAACACCGGGCAAGCAGACGUCAGCUGAUGAAAUGGAACCACAAGAUAGCCUCGCACCAACCCCCCAUUCUCCAAUUGGAAUGGAACCGUCACCAGAAGCCACUCAUUCCGACCCAAUGUCCCCACAGUCUCAUGCAGAGCCAUCGCUUCCAGCACAAGUGACAAUAGAAGAAGCGCGAGAAUGUGAUAGUGUAGGUGGGAGUGGUAAUCAAGCCAUUAAACCUUCAUCUAUCAAGAGAUUUAAGCGGACUGGUAAGAGGAUUGUGAAGCGUCCUCCCACUUGCAAAAGUCCAUUUGUCACCCAAUGUGUAAAACAAUUCCUUAAAAUCCCCCAUGCUCAUCGGGUAGUAGCGGACUACGCUUUGGCAGAAAUUGGUGAUCCUAGCGAGAUUUUAUGCGAGAUGUUUGGGAUGUACAUUACCCGAGAAGAAAUUUCUUGUCUAAAUGCAGGCCGAUGGGUUAAUUCAGUAAUUGUGGCGCUUUUCUGUCGCAUGAUGAAUGGACAGCAAGCACUACCAGCGCGCACCCACUAUUUUGAUCCUUCGUUCUCGGUGAUUCUGACCAACUUGAAAACAAAUGCAACCAGCCAGGUGAUCAUGGAUAGAUGUCGCAUGUAUCUGGAUGCUGGUAUAUUGGGCCAUGAUUUGGGGACAUGUGACAUGAUGUUCAUCCCAGUUUGUGAGAACAAUCACUGGCACGUCCAUGUUCUCAACUUUGCAGCUGGAAGAGUUGAAAUUCUUUCAUCUUUGCCCUUGCGGUGA